AUGAAGAAGAACUUUUUUCAAAUCAAAGCAAAAAGAAAAUAUGAUCAUGUUGAAGAAGAAAAUUCUGAAGAGAAAGAUGUAUCAACAAGUCCACCAGUAAUACAGACUGAAACAGCUGUUCGUAGUCAACAAGAAGAUGAACAAGAAGAACGACUUGUUAAUAAUAAAGAUGUUCAACCUAUAGAAGUAAUUAAUCGAUUUGUUCAUUGGCAUCGACGUUGGUAUCGAAGCGAACCUGUUGAUGUUUAUUAUACACCAUUUAAUACAGCUCUUGAACCUUGA